AUGGCCUCUCUGCAAUCGGGAUACCCCGCUCUGGGCCUCGAUCCUUCCGCGACUCGCGCCAUCUCUACAUCAUGGUGGAAUCUGGACCGCUCAUUGAACGCACUGAUCGAGGGAAUCAACGGCCGGAUUAGCUGCAGAGCAUACACCACGACGGAAGGCGACGGAAGCAGCGAGACCGACGAUACGAUAGAGGGACUCGCGUGGAACGCGAGAGGAGGCAGGCGCAGGGCUGUGAGGUUCUGGCGGGAAGGGGAGAGGAGGAAGGAUCUUGCCGAGCUGUGCCGAGGUGGCAUGGGACAAGUGACGCUUGAUUACGUCAGCGGAUGCCUGAAGAGAAGUUUCCAGGAAAUUGCUGUGCCCCGCUUCCAGAGAGGAAUCAGGGAAGCAGCAAGAAUUGGGGAAGGGGGAGGAAGGGGAGGUAAUGGAGCAGGACGGGAGCCAAAGAAGAGGGGCAAGCAGCACCCGCAGAUGGAAGCUGCCAGGAAAUUACGCAUUGCUUUGGACGAGCUCUGUGCAGUGAAGUACGCUUUCACGCUUGUGCUUGCUGACGUGGCAGCUGAGGUGGCACAAUGCAGUGCCAAGUAUGGUGUUGUGAACAUGUGGGAUGCUCCGGAGGGAAGGUAUGGGGGGCGAGAGAGUCUAGAAGGCGAUGGGGCCGAGGGUGGGGGGGAGGAGGUUCGGGCCUAUGGGGAAGGGGACGGUUAUGGGAACAGUGGGGCCUCUGGGGAGGGGGGGAAGGCAGACACGCUUGUUCAUUGGGCGGGGCGGUUGGAAGAGAGGAUGGGGCGGGCGUGGGUGUGGCGUGUGCAGCAGGUGAUGCUUGCACUGCGGUUCUCAGGACUGUCGUUCCUGGCGCAUGCUGUGCUGUCCGCUGUGCUGCUAGCCCGGCUUAAGGCGCAUGUGCAUGCAUCGGCAGGAGCUGUUUUCGACCGUCGGAUCCUCCCGCGCCUGCAUCGAUGGCUGCAGGUCACUGCCCUGCCCUUCAUUACUAUCACCACCUGCGCAGUCACCCCUAGCACCACCGGUACUGUCACCCCCACCACUGGCACCAGCACUGGUGCUGCUGCCCCCAUCAUCUCCAGCCGUGGAUCUCGCGCGUCGGAUGAGAUCUCAGCCGUACAUCUGCGGCAGUGGCACGCAUGGCUGGUCGCGUCGUUCCGGGCGGCGCUGGCCAAUCGGCUGCUGACAGCUGGCGCGUCGACGGCGGAUAUCCUGCAGCAGUAUGUGUCGGCCAUACGGGCGCUGAGGCUGGUGGACCCAUCGGGGGUGGUGCUGGAGGCAGUCAGCGAGCCCAUCAGACAGUACCUCAGAGGACGAAAGGACACCAUUCGCUGCAUCAUGACACUGCUGACCCAGCAUCCUUCUGCAGCGCCAAGUGGCGCCAUCAAGGGCGCUGCUGACGUGGCAGAUGACCCAGACCCCAUCGAUGCCGAUCCCUGGCAGUCGUCAGGGCAAGCACAGAGGGCGAGGGACAUAGUGCGCGUGCUGGCAGGGGUGUUUGGGUCGCGCGAGGUGCUGCUGGGGGAGUACCGCGGCAUGCUGGCGGAGAGGCUUGUGGGGCGCGCUGGGUAUGACACUGACAGGGACGUUCGCACUCUGGAGCUGCUCAAGGUGGGUGGGAGUUGGAGGGAGUAUAUACAGUCAAGGUACAUAGCAUGGGUGGAUGUCCAUUCAUUUGAGGUGCUGCUGGGGGAGUACCGCGGCAUGCUGGCUGAGAGGCUUGUGGGGCGCGCUGGGUAUGACACUGACAGGGACGUUCGCACUCUGGAACUUUUGAAGGUGCUGCUGGGGGAGUAUCGUGGUAUGCUGGCGGAGAGGCUGGUGGGACGCGCUGGGUAUGACACUGACAGGGACGUUCGCACGCUUGAACUGUUGAAGGUGCUAUGCGUGUGUGCUCCAUUGGAGGUGCUGCUGGGGGAGUAUCGAGGCAUGCUGGCGGAGAGGCUGGUGGGGCGCGCUGGGUACGACACUGACAGGGACGUGCGCACGCUGGAGCUGCUCAAGUUCGACACUGACAGGGACGUGCGCACUCUCGAGCUGCUUAAGUUCGACACUGACAGGGACGUGCGCACUCUCGAGCUGGUCAAGGUGCACGUGUGUGCUUCUGAUGGUGCUUCUAAGAGACGUCGCAACCUUUUUCCUCCCCAUUCCCCCUCCUCCUUUCUUUUGCUUUACUUUCAGUUGCGUUUUGGAGAGUCCAACUUGCAUGCGUGCGAGGUGAUGCUGAGGGACAUGGCGGAUUCAACGCGCAAUAACAACCCGGCCCUGCCCCUCUCCACACCCCACACCUCCCGUUUGCCUCUAACCCCUCCCGUUUCCCCAGCUGCGUUUCGGAUAUUGCGUUUUGGCGAGUCGAAUCUUCACGCGUGCGAGGUGAUGCUGAGGGACAUGGCGGAUUCAAAGCGCAUCAAUGGCAACGUGAAGGCGGCCAUGCGGCAGGCGCGGGAGGAGGCCCGGGAUUUGGCAGAGGCGCGUUUGAAUAUUGCUCGCUCGAAAGCCAUCAUGCGGCGACGAGGUGGAGAGAAGGAGGCUCAGGACUUGGCAGAGGCGCGUUCUGCUAUUGCUCGCUCGAAAGCCAUCAUGAGGCGACGAGUGAAGGCCGCCAUGGGGCAGGCGCGGGGGAAGGAGGCUCAGGUGCUGGCAGAGGCCCGUUAUGCUGGUGCUCAUGCUGCUAUUGUUCUUAUUCACCUACUUUUCCUCCUCCCCUCCGUUUCCCCCUCUUUCUCGAAUGGUUUCACACUUGCGUGCAGGCCUAUCAGUGGUGGGGGCAGGGAGGGGAGCAGCAACGGCACAGAGAGAAAGCACGGGCACGGGGGGAGGUCCAUCUGGGUCAGGCUCAUCUGCGUGGUCGCAAGCACAAACGCCAGAGCACCUGGUGCACCUCCCAACCCUCCUGCCCCUGCACCCCCCCCUCUCACCCGCACUUUCACCUGCCCAGAUUCUUCAGGGGCAGCUGCCCCUCCUCCCCGGGCAGCCCGGCCAAAUCUUCUGUCCCGCUGGGCCCGCCUCCGCCCAGACCUUCGCACACCAACGUUUUCCGGAGACCGUUCCGCAGAUCGCGGGCAGCCCGGAAAUUCCGCCCGGACUCCCGGCCAAUCAGGCGGCGGCAGCUCAGCUAUUGGGGGAAACAGGGGCAGCGAGAGGGGCGGGCAGGGGGGCUUCUGGAAUGUGAUGGAUGCAUUGGGAGGGGAGGGGAGUGGGGACGAGGAGGAUGAGGGGGAGAUGGAAGGAGGGGAGGAGGAAGAGGAGGAGGCGAAGCCAGAGGAGAAAGAGGAGUUGUUAGAAGCAGAGAAUCUAGACGCUACAAUUGUGUCUGCGCUUUUUUGGCCGGCUUUUCAAGAGGAAUCGGUGCGGUUACCAGCGCCGGUUACGAAGCUGAUGGAGGAGUAUGCAAGCAACUAUGCUACGCUGAAAGCGCCACGGAAGCUGCAGUGGAAGGCGAACCUGGGGUGCGUUACAAUCGAGCUGGAGUUUGGUAACGGGCGUAACACGCAGCAGUACACUGUAACGCCCGUUCAGGCGGCCAUUAUCCUGAAAUUCCAAACGGCUGGAGCAGGAGGAGGGGAUAAGGGUGGGGGAAGUGCAAGUGACGGUGCUGAAAACGGAGAAGCUAAUAAGGAGGAUGAGACGAAGCCGCAGUGGGCGGCAUCUGAGCUGGCGGCAGCCGUGGGCCUGUCAGUGCCGGUGCUGCGUCGGCGAAUCACGUUCUGGGUGAAUCAGGGCGUGAUAGUCGAAUCGGUCGCGACCAAUCGGUCUCCUCCGGAGCCUCUUUUCACAGCUGUCGAUCAACAAGCCGACCCUGCUUCCGCUGGUGCUGCUGGUGGGGACAGAGAUGGUGAUGUUGACGCUGCUGCUGGUGGUGCUGGUGAGGGUGCGGGGCUGGGUGGGUUGCGAGAAGAUGGAGAGGGAGAGGACAUGGUAGCAGGUGGAGAGUUGCUGAUCGGGGAUGAUGGUGAGGAGGAGGAGGGGGGAGGCAUGGUGGCAUCGUUGGAAGCGCAGAGGAAGCAGGAGAGUGCGGUGCACGAGUCGUUCAUAACAGGCAUGCUCACCACGUUCGACGGCCUGCCUAUCGAGCGAAUCCACAACAUGCUCAAGAUGUUUGUCUCUGACCCGCCGUAUGACCGCUCGCUGGCGCAGCUGCACGUGUUUCUGGGAGUGCUGGUGGCGCAGGAGAAAUUGGAGCUCAGGGAUGGGCUGUACCGUAAGAAAAAGUAG